AUUCAGUAAUGGACGGAAGUGAAAUGGCCAGAGUCCUGAAGAGAUUUGGAGACGAUGAACAGAGCACUCUGCUUGACCAGUACGAGAGGUUGACCUUCGAAGUCCAGCUGAACCGGGCCAUUCUGGGCAGGAGUGCUUCCGAUCAGCCUUACCGGCCCAGACUGGCGCCGCCGCUGGUUCUGGAGAAGGGGAAGCGCCGCCGCCGCAUUUGUUUGGGUCUGCGGAAGGCGAUUAAGAAGCUGAUGAGACCCAUUAUGGGUAAUAAGAAGAAGGUUGCCGUGAAUGACGAUGACGAUGGCGACGGUGGGUUGUCGCCGGCCGAUCCGAAGGACCCCACCGGCUGGAAGGCAUUCAGCAAGUCAAUGAGGUUCUGAAAUGCUUGAAAAUUUGAAGUCUCUCCGUCCACCUGUUUGAAUUUUCAAAUCAGAUUGUAUUGUUUUAAUUUAUAAUUCAAAUGUUUGAAAUUGUUUUUGCUUACAUGGUAGGGGCAUUGUUUUAUAUUAUGAAAAUUGUUUUGAUCAAUUUGUGUUGCUAUAUAUUUUUGAAAUUACAAAAUAUCUUUAUUUUUUAGAGGUCGUUUGGCAACAAUGUUUUUCG